CGUCACGUGGGGCGGGCGGAAGCGCCGGGCCGGGUGGGCGCGCCCCGCCUCAGCCCCGAGUUGGCGGCUGCGGCGCGAGUCUGGAGGCGACGGGACGCGGGGGUCCCCGCGCGGAGUGUCGGCUGCGAAUAGCUUCCCCCAGGCCAGAUGAGGAGCCCGCUGGAGUGAGUGUGGCUGCAGGAGGGCCAGCAUCCUGAGCAGUGGCUGGUCUGGACAGGCCCCCGGAGGCUGGCCCUGCCGGUGGGAGCCAUGGCCGAGGCUGGGGAUGCCGCGCUGUCGGUGGCCGAGUGGCUGCGGGCACUGCACCUGGAGCAGUACACAGGGCUCUUUGAGCAGCAUGGGCUGGUGUGGGCCUCCGAGUGCCAGGGCCUCAGUGACGCCCGCCUGCUCAACAUGGGCGUGCAGCUCCCUGGGCACCGCCGCCGUGUCCUGGCUGGACUGCUCCGAGCCCAUGCCGCCCCGGCCCCUGCGCCCAGGCCCUCCUCGAGGCCCGUGCCCAUGAAGCGCCAUGUCUUCCGUUCUCCACCCACCUCUGCCACCACACCGCAAAUGCCCUCCACAGUGGGUGAGGCCGAGGGACUCCUCCCUGCACCCCCCAUCCCACCUCGGAGGAGCUGCCUUCCACCCACCUGCUUCUCUGCCCUAACCACGACCACCUCGGAACCCAUGCUGCCCCCGCUACCUGCCAAGCGGCACCUGGCAGAAUCCAGCCUCCCUCCUGUGCCUCCUCGAACAGCACCCCCUCGACUGCUGGUGAGCCUUCCCUCCAAGGAAGAGGAGUUGCUGUCACUGCCACUGUCAUCCCCUCCCCAGCCAGCAGAGCCCCCAUCUCCACCUCCCAGCCCCCCGAAGGUCCCCCCAAAGCCUGUCCGCCAAGUCCCAGAGUUCGAUGACUCAGACUACGAUGAGGCCCCCAAGGAGAGGCUGGGGCUCCCAGCCGGCGUGAUGACCAAGAAGGAGGAGCUCUCGGCAAGCCUAGUUCCACGGGCAGUGCGUGUGGCCAGCCUGCUGAGCGAGGGAGAGGAGCUGUCUGGGGAUGACCAAGGAGACGAGGAUGAGAGUGACCCUGCCUAUGAGGGCGUCCCCAAUGGUGGAUGGCACACCAGCAGCCUGAGCUCAUCCCUGCCCAGCAGCCUCCGAACCCCUGAGCUCCUGCCAUACCCCAUGGAUGGGCUGGCUGGGGGGCCCCGCCCCGCUGCCCCAGUCAUCAAGGCCGGCUGGCUGGAUAAGAACCCACCACAGGGGUCCUACAUCUAUCAGAAGCGCUGGGUGAGACUGGACUCCGAUUACCUGCGCUAUUUUGAUAGCAACAAGGACGCAUACUCCAAGCGCUUUGUCUCUGUGGCCUGCAUCUCUCGCGUGGCUGCCAUUGGGGAUCAGAAGUUUGAAGUCAUCACCAACAACCGGACUUUUGCUUUCCGAGCAGAGAGCGAUGCAGAGCGAAGAGAGUGGAUCCAGGCCCUGCAGCAGGCGGUGGCUGAGCAGCGUGCCCGGGCCCGGCUGUCUAGUGCUCACCCACUGGGCAUUUGUGGCCCCGAGCUGCCUGACCGCUCUGGCAGCCUGGAGCUGCGUGGCUUCAAGAACAAGCUGUACGUGGUCGUGGUCGGGGACAAAGUGCAGCUCUAUAAGAAUCUAGAGGAGUACCACCUGGGCGUGGGCAUCACCUUCAUAGACAUGAGUGUGGGCAACGUGAAGGUUGCAGCUGACCGGCGCAGUUUCGACCUCACCACCCCCUACCGCAUCUUCAGCUUCUCAGCUGAGUCAGAGCUGGAGAAGGACCAGUGGCUGGAGACCAUGCAGGAUGCCAUCGCCGAGGCCCUGUCCACUUUGGAGGUGGCUGAGCGCAUCUGGUCCUCGGCCCCUAACAGGUUCUGUGCAGACUGUGGGGCUGCCCAGCCUGACUGGGCUUCCAUCAACCUCUGUGUGGUCAUCUGCAAACGCUGCGCAGGGGAGCACCGAGGUCUGGGUGCCGCCAUCUCCAAGGUGCGGAGCUUGAAGAUGGACAGGAAAGUGUGGACAGAAACACUCAUUGAGCUCUUCUUGCAGCUGGGCAACGGUGCUGGGAAUCGCUUCUGGGCUGCCAACGUGCCCCCCAGUGAGGCCCUGCAGCCCGGCAGCAGCCCCGGUGCCCGGCGGCGCCACCUGGAGGCCAAGUACCGUGAGGGCAAGUACCGCCGCUACCACCUGCUCUUUGGCAACCAGGAAGAACUGGAUAAGGCUCUGUGUGCUGCGGUCACCACCACAGACUUGGCCGAGACCCAGGCACUCCUGGGCUGCGGGGCUGGGGUCAAUUGCUUCUCGGGGGACCCUGAAGCCCCCACACCCCUCGCCCUUGCCGAGCAGGCAGGGCAGAUGCUGCAGAUGGAGUUCCUCCGGAACAACCGAAGCACGGAGGUGCCUCGGCUAGACCCUGUGAAGCCUCUGGAAAAGCACUACUCAGUUAUCCUGCCCACAGUGAGCCACAGCGGCUUCCUCUACAAGACAGCAUCUGCAGGCAAGCUGCUGCAGGACCGCCGUGCCCGGGAAGAGUUCAGCCGACGCUGGUGUGUCCUUAGCGAUGGGGUACUGAGCUACUAUGAGAAUGAGCGAACAGUAACCCCCAACGGCGAGAUCCGGGCCAGCGAAAUUGUGUGCCUAGCAGUGCCUCCUCCUGAAACUCAUGGCUUUGAGCACACCUUUGAGGUGUACACAGAGGGGGAGCGGCUGUACCUAUUCGGGCUGGAGAGUGCGGAGCUGGCUCGUGAGUGGGUCAAGUGCAUUGCUAAGGCCUUUGUGCCUCCACUGGCUGAGGAUCUGCUGGCCCGGGACUUUGAGCGGCUGGGACGCCUACCCUACAAAGCUGGCCUGAGCCUGCAGUGCGCCCGGGAGGGCUGGUUCUCCCUCACUGGCUCAGAGCUCCGUGCUGUCUUCUCAGAGGGGCCCUGUGAGGAGCCACUGCAACUCCGGAAACUGCAGGAGCUUUCCAUCCAAGGAGACAGUGAGAACCAGGUGCUGGUGCUGGUGGAGCGCAGGAGGACGCUGUACAUCCAGGGGGAGCGCCGACUGGACUUCACAGGCUGGCUGGGGGCCAUCCAGAAAGCAGCAGCCAGCUCGGGGGACACGUUGUCGGAGCAGCAGCUGGGAGAUUCGGAUAUCCCGGUGAUCGUAUACCGCUGUGUGGACUACAUCACGCAGUGUGGCCUGACCUCCGAAGGCAUUUACCGGAAAUGUGGGCAGACAUCGAAAACUCAGCGGCUACUGGAGAGCCUGCGGCAGGACGCACGCUCUGUACGCCUCAAGGAGGGCGAACAGCACGUGGACGAUGUGUCCUCUGCGCUUAAGCGCUUCCUGCGAGAUCUGCCAGAUGGGCUCUUCACUCGAGCCCAGCGCCUAGCCUGGCUGGAGGCCUCAGAGGUCGAAGGUGAAGAGAAGGUGUCCAGGUACCGAGAGCUCCUCACACGACUGCCCCCGGUGAACCGGGCCACAGUGAAGGCCCUCAUCAGCCACCUGUACUGUGUCCAGUGCUUCUCAGACACCAACCAGAUGAACACACACAACUUGGCUAUUGUGUUCGGGCCCACGCUCUUCCAGACAGAUGGGCAAGACUACAAGGCUGGCCGUGUGGUAGAAGACCUCAUCAGUCACUACGUAGCGGUGUUCAGUGUAGACGAGGAGGAGCUGAGGAAGCAACGGGAGGAGAUCACUGCCAUUGUGAAGAUGCGCGUGGCUGGCACAGCCAGUGGCACCCAGCACGCUGGUGACUUCAUCUGCACAGUGUACCUGGAGGAGAAGAAGGCGGAGGCUGAGCAGCAUAUCAAGAUCCCAGCAUCCAUGACAGCCCAGGAGCUCACUUUGGAGAUCCUGGACCGCAGGAAUGUUGGCAUCCGAGAGAAGGACUACUGGACCUGCUUUGAGGUCAACGAGAGGGAGGAGGCAGAACGCCCCCUGCACUUUGCGGAGAAGGUGCUGCCCAUCCUGCACGGGCUGGGCGUAGACAGCUACCUUGUGGUGAAGAAGCAGCAGUCCAUGGAGGCCAUGUUGCUCUACUUGGCCAGCCACGUGGGUGACACCAAGCACGGUAUGAUGAAGUUCCGUGAGGACCGCAGCCUCCUGGGCCUGGGCCUACCCUCAGGUGGCUUUCACGACCGCUACUUCAUCCUCAACAGCAGCUGUCUGCGGCUCUACAAGGAGAUUCGGAGCCAGAGGCCGUGGAACGGGGCCCCUGACACCAGUCACCGGCCUGAGAAGGAGUGGCCCAUCAAGAGCCUCAAAGUCUACCUGGGGGUGAAGAAGAAACUGCGGCCGCCCACCUGCUGGGGCUUCACGGUAGUGCAUGAGACAGAGAAGCAUGAGAAACAGCAAUGGUACCUCUGCUGUGAGACACAGAUGGAGCUCCGGGAGUGGUUCGCCACCUUUCUUUUUGUGCAGCACAAUGGUAUGGUGUGGCCCUCGGAGCCCUCCCGUGUGUCCCGGACGGUGCCUGAUGUGUCUCGGCUGGGCAGCGUGUCGCUCAUUCCCCUGCGCGGCAAUGAGAACGAGAUGCGCCGGAGUGUGGCUGCCUUCACCUCGGACCCCCUCUCUCUCCUUCGCAACGUCUGAGCAUGGAGCCAGACCCAGUGCUGGGACUUCGCCUCCAGGAAGCCUUCCUGUUCAGACACCCUUAAGUGCUGUGUGCCUAGCAUGCCUGGUGUGAGCUACCAGGGAGACGGAAGGAAAGCAGCACCCCCACACCCCACGUUCUGACUGCAGCACGUAGCUCUGAGCCUGGGGGUGCAGGUGGCUGAGCCUGCCUGAGGAGAAAUGCCCCCACCUACUCUGUCCAGGUGCCCAGCACUCCCUCCAGGCCUGGCCUGCUCAUCCCCGGGACCCCUGCCUAAGGCUGCGGGGUUGGGGAGCAGGCAGAAAGUAGGGAGUCUGGAGGCCCCGGGCCUUGCAGAAGGGAGCCCUGGCCCUGGGCCUGGCCCAAACAACAGAACAGCUACAGGAAUGGCUGAGGGAGUCUGUGGCCAGGGGCUGGAGCUCUCCAAUAAGUUUCUGCAGUGCUGAGACCUGGACUGUGGGGGCUGCAGCCCCCUCUGGUCUGGACUGACUGGGAGGAGGCCCCUCUCUCUUCCUCCCACCUUACUUUGGGGACCUUUUGAUAAUAUAAAUACAUCUGUAUAUUUUAUCCUAA